CUGCUCAUCACAGCAUAUUUAGUAAUUAUAUCUUCAGCCAAGAUCUGCAGGAUCUGAGAGGUGCAUCCUUCAUCUCAACCUUCAGUUGCUCAUCUAGCUAUUUUCCUUCUGAUAGCUCUUCGGGAAACACAUUGUUAUUAAUAUAAUUUCCUACAUCUUAAAGACUGCAUAUGUUUGCUAUUUGCUAAAAUUGUUAAAACGAAAUAGGAACCACGUGGCACAAGGUAGGCGGUGCAGCACGUGCCAUGACACCUGCCUGACCCCGCCCACUGCGGCGCACCUUCUCACACUAAACGUGCAGGAAAUAUUUUGACUCCAAACUCCUUAGUUAGAACGUAGUGUAUUUCGCAGCCAAAAUGGCGCACGUCAUCCUUAAUCAGUAAUUCGCUCAGCUGUGGGAUCCCUGCAGUGGCGGUUUCCAUGGUAAUCGCAACAGGGUUACGUAAUGUUCCACGAUGGUCAGUGUUUAUGUUGUGGAUGAAACUCGAUGCUGCGGGCCUCAACUGAUUGAUGACGCUGCAGAUUAAAAAAAGAAUCGCAGUGCUGACCGGCGCCUGUGCAACAUGCAGCAGGAAUAAGCUCCUGCAACAAAAUAGCUCGCGUUAUACCAGAGCCAGACCUGAAGGAGUCGGGCGAUGUGCGGUCAUUUUAGAGAAACCAUGACCUCAUCAUUCCUGUAGACAGAGAGGGAGAAAUCCGAGCAAGGCGCGCUCCGGGCUUGAGCCCGUUUGCGCACUCCAGCAGCGCAGAGAGGAAGCAGCAGAGAAGAGCGGAGAGGCAAGGUGGGAUGGUCUGAUUCAUCCAACUCUAGUGAAGUUGGUUCGGAAGCUUCAUCACCUCUUCCUCGUGGAGAUCUGACGGUCCAAUUUAUUAUAAAUACGGCUGUAACAGUUCAUUCUCAGACCAAAAUAAAAAAAGAUGACAGUACUGAAAGACAUCCCGGAGAAAUGGUUUCCAGUGGUUCUCCCCACUCAAAAAAAGAAAAAGACAGGAUUUGGGGGAGGAAAAUCGAGAAAGAAGCGGACAGAGGAGGAGAGAAAGGUCAAAGCCAAUGACAGAGAACACAAUGAAAAGUUUCAGUAUGCGAGUAACUGCAUCAUGACAUCCAAGUACAACAUCCUCACCUUUCUGCCUGUUAACCUAUUUGAGCAGUUCCAGGAAGUAGCCAACACUUACUUCCUUUUCCUGCUUAUUCUGCAGUUGAUACCUCAGAUCUCCUCCCUCUCCUGGUUCACUACAAUUGUGCCUUUGGCUCUGGUGCUGAGCAUCACUGCAGUGAAGGACGCCACAGAUGACUAUUUUCGCCACAAGAGCGACAACCAAGUGAACAAUCGCCAGUCUCAGGUUCUCAUCCGAGGCUCGCUCCAGAAUGAGAAGUGGAUGAACGUCAGAGUGGGUGAUAUCAUUAAACUAGAAAACAACCAGUUUGUGGCAGCUGACCUGCUCCUGUUAUCGAGCACUGAACCUCAUGGCCUGUGUUACAUCGAGACUGCAGAGCUUGACGGGGAGACCAAUAUGAAGGUGCGUCAGUCUGUGUCAGUGACGGCUGAGCUCGGCGAUCCGAACAACUUAGCGUCAUUUGAUGGUGAAGUGGUGUGUGAGCCUCCAAACAACAAGCUGGAUCGCUUCUGUGGGACUCUGUACUGGCUAGACCGGAAGUACCCCCUGACCAACCAGAACAUGCUGCUCCGAGGGUGUGUCCUACGCAACACGGAGGCCUGCUACGGCCUGGUCAUCUUUGCAGGUCCAGACACCAAGCUAAUGCAGAACAGUGGUCGCACCAAGUUUAAACGUACGAGCAUCGAUCGUUUGAUGAACACUCUGGUCCUCUGGAUAUUUGGUUUCCUGGUGUGUAUGGGUGUGAUCCUGGCUGUAGGCAACGCAGUGUGGGAGAGAGAGGUGGGCUCCUUGUUUCAGAGCUACCUGCCCUGGGACCCUCCUGUGGACAACUUUAUGUUCUCAGCCUUCCUGUCCUUCUGGUCCUACAUCAUCAUUCUUAACACAGUCGUGCCUAUUUCUCUAUACGUCAGUGUGGAGGUGAUUAGGUUGGGUCACAGCUACUUCAUUAACUGGGACCGGCAGAUGUUCUGCUCGCAGUGCAACACAGCGGCUGAGGCCCGGACCACCACCCUGAACGAGGAGCUGGGCCAGGUUGAAUACAUCUUCAGUGAUAAAACUGGAACUCUAACUCAGAACAUUAUGAGCUUUAAUAAGUGCUCCAUCAAUGGUCAAACAUACGGUGAAGUCAUGGAUCCAGUGGAAAAACAGCCAAAGAGGCUGGAUUUCACUCCUUUCAACCCCCUGGCAGACUCAGAUUUCUGUUUCUAUGACGAAAAGCUGCUGGAAUCUGUGAAAAUGGGGGACUCGCGCACUCAUGAGUUUUUCCGCCUACUUUCUCUCUGCCACACCGUUAUGAGUGAGGAAAAGAGCGAAGGGGAGCUGGUCUAUAAGGCUCAGUCUCCAGACGAGGGUGCUCUGGUGACGGCAGCUCGAAAUUUUGGAUUUGUGUUUCGCUCUCGAACCCCUGGGACGAUUACUACAACCGAGAUGGGUAGAACCAUCACCUACUCCCUGCUCGCCAUACUGGACUUCAACAACAUUCGCAAGAGGAUGUCUGUUAUUGUGCGUAACCCAGAAGGCAGGAUCCGUUUAUACUGUAAAGGAGCUGACACAGUACUGUUAGAGAGACUCCACCCUUGCAACCAGGAACUGAUGAGCAUCACCUCAGACCACCUUAAUGAGUAUGGAGCCGAUGGGCUACGGACUCUUGCUCUGGCCUACAGGGAACUUUCUGAAGACGAGUGGGAGACCUGGUCAGAGAGCCACCGCUGGGCAGAUAAGGCCACUGACUGCAGGGAGGACAGGCUGGCUGCAGCCUAUGACAAGAUAGAACAAGAUAUGAUGCUUCUAGGUGCCACAGCAAUUGAGGACAAGCUGCAAGAAGGAGUCCCAGAGACCAUUGCACUCCUCUCUCUGGCCAACAUUAAGAUCUGGGUUCUGACUGGGGACAAGCAGGAGACAGCGGUCAACAUAGGCUACUCGUGUAAAAUGCUGACAGAUGAGAUGACAGAGGUGUUCAUCAUCAGUGGACACACUGUUCAGAGUGUACGACAAGAACUCAGAAGGGCCAGGGAGAACAUGAUUGCGCUGUCCCGUGCUAAAGGUGGAGGAAAAGAUGAAGGGAUUGGGGGUUGGGCUGAGGCUUGUUUCGUGGGUAAUGGUUUGAAAGAUGGGCAAGAAGGAGAUGGUACAACAGCAGGAGGGUCGAAACAGCUGCAUUGCUCCUCUUUCCCUUCAUCUCCCUCUAACGACAUGGACAACAUCUCAGGGGAGUUUGCCCUCAUAAUCAGCGGUCAUAGUUUGGCACAUGCACUUGAGGCAGAUAUGGAAGCCGAGUUUGUGUCAGUAGCGUGUGCGUGCAAAGCAGUUAUCUGCUGCAGAGUCACUCCGCUGCAGAAAGCUCAGGUGGUGGAACUCAUCAAGAAACACAAGAAGGCCGUCACUCUGGCUAUAGGAGAUGGCGCCAAUGAUGUCAGCAUGAUCAAAAGUGCUCAUAUUGGAGUUGGUAUCUCCGGUCAGGAGGGGAUCCAGGCCGUGCUGGCCAGCGACUACUCUUUCGCCCAGUUUCGUUUCCUCCAGCGCCUCUUGCUGGUCCACGGCCGCUGGUCCUACCUGCGCAUGUGUCGGUUCCUCUGCUACUUCUUCUACAAGAACUUUGCUUUCACCAUGGUGCACUUUUGGUUUGGCUUCUUCUGCGGCUUCUCUGCCCAGACUGUUUAUGAUCAGUACUUCAUCACGCUCUACAACAUUGUGUACACCUCCCUCCCUGUGCUGGCCAUGGGGGUUUUUGACCAGGAUGUUCCAGAUCACAGAAGUCUGGAGUAUCCAAAGUUGUACGAGCCCGGGCAGCUAAAUCUUCUCUUCAACAAGAAGGAGUUUUUCAUCUGCAUCGCCCAGGGCAUCUACACUUCAGUGGUGCUUUUCUUUGUGCCCUACGCCGUGCUGUACUUUGCCACUCAGAGCAAUGGAGUGCCCCUCGCCAACUACCAGACAUUUGCGGUCACAACAGCGACAGCCCUGGUUAUUGUUGUCAGUGUACAGAUUGCUCUAGAUACAGGCUUCUGGACCAUCUUUAACCACAUGUUCGUUUGGGGCUCUGUGAGCUCAUAUUUCACCAUCAUGUUUGCGCUGCACAGCCAGACCCUCUUCAGGAUCUUUCCCAAUCAGUUCCGCUUCGUAGGUAGUGCCCACAACACACUAUUGCAGCCAGUUGUGUGGUUAACAAUUGCACUAGCAACAGCAAUAUGUGUAGUUCCAGUUUUGGCAUUUCGCUUCCUCAAGCUGGACCUCAAGCCUCAGCUCUCAGACACGGUGCGUUACACUCAAUUGGUGAGGCAGAAGAGGCGGAAACCAGCAGGUCGCAGCAUUGGAGCGGCCUGGAGCGGCACAGGCAGCGUCUCUGAGGGCCGCCUCGGCGCCCGAGGUGGAUCCAGGAGGUCGGGCUACGCCUUCUCCCAUCAGGAAGGCUUUGGAGAGCUGAUCACCUCGGGAAAAAACAUGAGGCUCUCCUCCCUGGCCCUAGCCAAUUUUGCCUCCAAACACAGCUCUAGCUGGAUCGAAACACUUUGCAAAAAGAAAAACACUCACACUCCCCCAAGCACCUCUGGGGAGUGCAGCCCGGCGCCCAGUAACAUGUCCGGGAUGGGUCCAGCUCUGUCAAAUUCUUCUUCUGUUCUGGGAGGCUCACAAGAAACACCAAUCGAGGAGGAAACGGACACAGCAGUUGUCUUGUCUUCAUCGUCACAUCCAGCAGCCUUAGAACAAGCUGAACCUCGGGCCUCUGCUCAGGUCGCUCCUCCUGACAGUUCUACAUCUGCUGCAGCCAGUACAGAGUCACCUGGAGGCUGGACACUUUCUCUGGAGACUGUGCAGGAAGCUUUGUUUGGUCGAAGGGGUUGUGCCAGCGCAUCCUACAGCCAAGGCCCGCCGUCUGAUGCCAGAGAAACCCCUCACACUGAUUGAAACCAUGCAUAAGAUAGUCGCACACACAGAAUGCAUGGUUUGUUUUUCUGGAUCUGUGCAAAGACUUAUCGUUAUAGAAAAAUAAUCAACACAGAGCUCUCAUCUCAAAAUAUCACACAAGAGCAAGUCUUAUUUUAAUGGCCUUGAGCUUCCCAUAAAAGAUUCAGUGAUUUUUAAAAUGAGAUUUAAUGUGUACAAUUGUUGCAGCAGAUUUGGGAACAAAAGCUGAGAUACCUAGCUAUUAAUCACGUUUCUCCUGCAUAUUUCCACAAGCCUUACAUUUAAAAACUUUAGUAGAUGAAUGAGUGAGAGGGAGAUAAGGUGCAGGCAUUACUAUCUGUAAACGUUCUCUGUUGAAAAAUCAGUUUAUUAAAGUUCUCAGUGAGAACGCUGUUUAAUUUAAACAACAAAAGCCUGUUGCAACAUUUGUGUUACUUUUUCACACUGAUCUGCCGUCUUACUAUUCUGUGCCUAUUUUUUUGCAUCAUAUUGAUGUGUUUUUAAAGGCCUGGUUGAUUUGAACUUUAAAUGAAGCAUUUAGUGCUUUAAUUUUUAAGUUAGACCUCGGUUUUGACAAAAGGCUUAUUGUUUUUUUUCUUUUUAUGUACUUCAUAAUAAAACCAAAUAAAAAAUGCAAACAGAUGACUGUCAGUUUUAACAUCUGGGAAGAGUGCAAAGAAACUUUGUGAAGGAACAAAAAUAGCAGAAGCUGGUUUAACAAAUUCCUAUAUUUUGUUGUAAGCAUACAGUCCUGUGGAGUUUAUGUUGUUUUUACUUGUAAAUAAAAAAUGAAAAUAA